AUGCAGGCGCUCGCCAGCACCCCUGGGAGGCAGGCCGGCGCCGACGACAAGCCGUUGGAGUACCCCCGGGAGUUCACAGUGAGGCGACUGGUUGUCUUCUUCUGCAUCGUGCUGGGCGCCGACGGGUCAGGCGGGAGAGCCAGCGUCUCCGUUUGCAGCCGCACGCCCGCAGCCGCCCCCCACCCUGACCCCAACCCCCCGCCGCGUCCCCCCGCCCGCGCGCCGCGCCCCGCCAGGUACUCCUGCUAUUACCUGACGCGCAACAGCCUCACCUACACCGCCCCCAUGAUGGUGGCGGACCCAAAGCUCGGAAUGGACAUCACCCAGAUCGGGGCCAUGACGUCCAUCUUCCCCAUCGCGUACGGCAUGUCCAAGUUUGUAUCAGGCGUCCUCGGCGCCCGCUUCAGCCCCAGCGUGCUGCUCGCCGGCGGCCUGAUGGCGACGGCGCUCAUCAACAUCGCGUUCGGGUUUGGGACGAGCCUGGCAUGGUUCUGCUUCUUCUGGGCGCUCAACGGCACGCUGCAGGGCGUGGGGGGGCCGUGCUGCGCGCGCAUCCUCACGACGUGGUUCGCGUCAAAGGAGCGCGGCACCUACUGGGGAAUGUGGAACAUCGCCCACAACCUGGGUGGCUUUGCGGCGCCCCUGGUGGCGGGCGGCUUCGCCAAGGCCCUCGGCUGGAAGUGGGGCAUGUGGGCGCCCGGCAUCAUCGGGCUGGUGGUCGGCACCUUUGUGCUCUUCGCCUGCAAGGACAAGCCCGAGGACAUCGGCUUUCCGCCCGUCGAGCCUGUGGCGGCCAAGCCCACUGCAGCCGGCGCCCCCAAGAAGAAGCCCGACGUUCUCAAGCAGCUGGUCAACACAGUGCUCAAGAACCCCUUCAUCUGGGGCAUGGCCCUGACCUACUUCUUCAUCUACAUCGUGCGCCAGGGGGUGACGUCAUGGUUUGUGUUCUACCUCAUAAAGGAGAAGGGCGUGGCCGACGCCGCAGACGCCGCGGUGCGCGUCAGCGGCCUGGAGCUGGGCGGCCUGUUUGGCAGCCUGCUGGCCGGGCGCAUCAGCGACCUGCUGAUCAGCAGGAGCGGCGGCAAGGGCGGCAACGUCGGCAAGCGCGUGCAGGUGCUUGGCGGCGACGCGGGGCGAGGCAGGGUCGCUUCCCGGAACAUGCCUCUAUCAGGCUCGCUCGUGCUUGUUUAG